AGCACUAAUGCAUUAAGCAUUAAUGCCCUUGUUUUGGGCAAUUUACAAUUUUAUUCGUGGAUUGAAAGACUCAAUCCGACAUCACUGGUUUGUUAGACACAAACCAACAAUCACCGGAUCGAAAGCCUCGAUCCACAAAGCUCAGCAAAGAAACAAUCAAAACAAUACAAACACUGAGAUAAUUAUUAAGCAAUUUGUGCUUGACAUUUGUAUAAUAGAUAAUCAAGCCAAGAUAACCACUAUCUGCGCCACUGAGUACUCACCUCUGCUCUGCAUUUCAAGCAGCACAAAGAUGUUUCCCAUAGAGCAACUCGCACGAUUUGAAGCAAGCAACUCUGUCUAUCGACUUCUUAAGCCAUGGUGGGACGUGCUCACGGAUUAUCUUAUAGCUGCAAUGCUUGUAGUUGCUGUAUUGGCCGGGUUAAUGCAAGCAUCCAGUGGAAGGUUGGUCUGUCUGCCUGCCGAUUGUCGCCCGGAAAUAAAUCAAAGUGCCCAGAAUGUUGGCUACAGCACUGCUUCCUUGUAUAACCCUAAUUCUACUUCCACAAGUAAAGAGAGAAAGGUGUUGACAAAUCUUCAAGACAGAAAUCAGUAUGAUUUUGUAGAAGCGGAAUGCAACCAGAGAGCUAUCCACUGGUUUACUUCAUACUUCCCUCUUAUUGUUUUCGGGGAGGCAAUAUUAUUGCUAGUUGUCCAUAACUUCUGGCUCAAGUGGCCUUACACGUCAGGAAUGUUUGAGUGUUUUUUAAAGCUGCUGACGGAAUGUUCAAACGUGUCUGGUACAUCUCUAGCUAUAGCAAACUCACUAUGGGGAACUGAAGUAUCAGAUUUGGCCAUAAAGCUCGUUUCUUUUACAAAAGAAGGAGAUAUAGAUUUUAAACAACUAUUUUUGCGGCAAACUAAAGAAGUAGGUGUCUCAGAGCAGUAUGGUGUCGAGUCCAGCUCGAGUCCAGACCCAGAUGAGAUCAAGGGGUUAUCAGAGAGCAUAACAAAAUUUAAAGCAGAUUUCAAUUCAACAAGGGGAAUAACACUGCGUUUAUUAUACGCUAUUCGGGCAUUUUUUCAGUGCCUUUUAACCUUAGCAUUCAUUGUGGUUAACGCCUGUUUUCACGAACAAUUGAAGGAGCAAAUCAAUUGUAACACUGAUCAUAUCAUCCACGAAAAAUACUCUCGCUUCACGUGCUACAAUGUCCUCAGUUCAUACUUCUCCGUUACACUGUGUAUAUAUUACAUUUUACUUGUUUUUUGUGCUGUUAUAUUUGUUAACUGCGCUUGGACAUAUACGAAGUUCAAUCGACCGUUCGAUUUUAAGAAGGAGCUAAUGAAGCAUAUCCAAUCACCAAUCCAGGAUUCUAACCCGGUACGCGUCUCUGUAGAACACUCAACCAGACAAGAUUCUAGACCCGACACGAAACAGCAGCAAGCGGCUCCUGGGGGACAAUUCAACCAGAAUCUAAACAUAAUACGCCUUGCUGAAUUACAUCCAGCAACUGGAGACUUCGCCUUCAUUCUUCAUCUACUGAACGUUUGUUCAAGUAACAAGCCUCAUUUAAUGAGAAUUGCAAUCUUUAGCUCGAGUAAAAACGAGAAAAUUAUUAAGGAGUUGAUGCUUUGCAUAGAAUGGCCCAAGGAAGAGCUCGAGAGGAGAACAACUCAAAGUGGUCGAGAAUUGGAUUUUAUUUUUUCAAAAGGAGUGCCAAUGUCCCUCUUUGAAAUGGAGCAGUUAAAAUCAUUGACCUUAAGAGGAAGUGAUCUGACAAUGCGUGACUUUGAUUGUACCAACAACUGGGCCAAGCUUAAAAGUCUUAAAUCACUUUCACUGAUAUACUGCAAAUUGACAUCUAUCCCUGAGGGAGUGUUUCGUCUGGAGUCCCUGGAGAAGUUAGACUUGAACACUAACAGACUUACCUCGAUACCGGAGAGAAUUACACAUUUGACAACAUUAACCAAUUUGAACUUGGAAAACAACUUCAUCAGUGAAGUCCCUGAAUACGUCUGGCAGAUGGAGUGUCUUAAAGUGCUGUUUCUAUCUAGCAAUAGCAAUCUUACCCUGAAUAAACCUGAACACCAACACAAUUUAACGGAAUUGCAUAUCGACGGCAACAUACGCUCCCGGAUGAAUGAAUCCACCAAACAUUAUUUCCGUCGUGUUCUACACAAUAGAGUCAGUUUAGACCCGUUCUUUAACGUCUCUGAGAAGUUUGUCCCUGCUGGUCACGAACAAACAUACAAUAUGAAAUCAAAACGGAAGGGUUUAGCCAUGAUUUUCAAGGCCGAAUCAUCAGUAAAACAUAACGAACAUGACCUUGAUUAUUUAUUUCAGGCUAUUGGUUACGAAAUACUUUCAAGUGAAAUAGAUACGAUUCAAACGAAUGAAAGUAUUUUGUCUAAUUUAAAAGAACAUCAUAAUUCAGUCAUUUUGGCUGUAUUGUCAUGUAGUGAUGGACAAGACGUAUUUCUGUCAAGAGAGGAGAAAGUCAGCGUUGAGGCUCUGGUCCGACUUAUGUGUGAGAUACCACACUUGAAUGGAAAGCCAAAAGUACUUUUACUUAUUCAUAAUAAUAUUACCAGCUGCGGUCUCAUUCAUGACAAAUUCAAGGGUAUACCUCCUUUGAACCUGGAGCCAAAAUAUAAAGAUGUCCUAAUUGUCUACUCCGAUCUGUAUUCUAAACACAUUGGUUUAUUCAUUAAGGAAUUCGUGAAAGUGUGUAGCCAUUACUGCUGCUAUGAAGAUCUGCUGACUCUUCUUGAUAGGACAAAAUAUGAGCUUGGUCGGACAAAUUAUCAGUUUAUUACGAAGAUCCCAUUUCCCGAUUACAUGCGAAGCGUAGUAACGAAAAAUACUUUCACCAAAAAGUUAUUUUUCUUUCCUGUUGGUUUCGAGGAUGAGAAUGACAAUAAUUGAAGUACCAACACUUAGAAUUGGGAAGCUAAUUGUAUUUUCGUUUCACUUCAUUCUGUGAAAAGCAUGUUCUGUUUUGAUCGGCUCGUCUCUGCGCCAUUGACGUCAAAGCGCGCACGCCAACAUAUUUUUUUUUUCAUCACUAAAAUCGAAAAGAACGAGUUGUCCUUCGAAAUUUCUAAUCCUUAGAAAUGGCAAAGCACUCAGCUGAGAGUAGUAUACGUCCCUUAUGUUUAUAUAUUUGAAUACUACCUAGAAUUGUUAUAGCAUUUAGUUUAAGUAGUAUACGUGCUGUAUGUUUAUAUAUUGCAGUACUCCAAAGAACUCGCAUAGCUUUCAGUUUAGAGAGGAAUACGUCUUGUAUCUUUAUAUAUUGAAUACUCCCAAGAAUUGGUAUAGCUCUCA